GAGCUGCGGAAAGUCUGUGCGUCUCGUUUUCUCACCUUGUACACGCAUCGCAGAAGGGGGAGGCGGGUGUGAGGAGGCGAGAGGGAAAUCCAUGACUUCCGCGUUUUUCCUCCGUGAAUGAAACUGAGAGCACAGUACAGUACGCUAGACUAUAAAAAGGCACCAUGGAGCUCUCAGUCGCGACAUUCACUUAAAGACCCCGACUGGGCUGUGCGAAACCAAGAGGACUAUUUUGUGGAGCUAAACCAAACAACACCUGGAGCUGUACAACUUCCAGCUUGCAUUUGCAACCCGAAGCUUUUCUAUACGCUGAAUCUUUAAAAGUGGACGAAGCUCACGCACCUUCCUGCCUAUUGAUGGGACACCAAAAUAAAGAAAUGGACGUUGAGUCUCUCCAGCAGAUCGGCCGCCGGCGUGGAGGUUGCUUGGACAUGUUUCUUGUCAUGUCCAUCAUUUUUCUGUUUGUGGCGGUGACAGCUGUGGCUGCCGGCGGAGCGAUGCUUGUAAUUAAGCUGCACCCCAAUCUAGAGCCCUCGCCUCCGUCCUUCAACAUUGAGGCAUCAAAACAGACAGGAGGCACAUCGUCCCCAGCAUACAAGAUGCAUAAAUUUGUCGAACUGGAAGCAACCUCAAGCGAGUUGAAGAACUUCACGAUGCAAUGGGCUCCAGUUGCCUUCGCCGCUGGGACGUCUCUAGGAAGCAACUACUUGUUUGACCCAGUUCAGAGUUUGCUGAAACCUAAACGGGAGGGGAUGUAUUUCAUAUACAUUGAUCUCAACCUCACCUGUACCUUCAGCUGCAGCGCAGGCGUCCUCAGUGUGCGCGUGGACGAUAAGCUCACCUGCGAGGUGAAGCUUCAGGCUGUGGCGGAUUCAACACCUGUGAGCAGGAAGUGCUGGACAGUGAGCAGGAUAACAAAGGGGCAGGGACUGCUCACUCAGAUGACUGUACCAGAGGCCGGGCUGCAGAACUGGAGACUGGAGAUGAGCUCGAGGUUUGGGAUGUUCCUCGUGGACUAACAUAGACACUCUCUAGGGCUGCUACCGUCAGCAAGAUGCAGAUCUGUCUGUGACCUGUGGGUCAUCACUAAAGAACAACACCAGUUUGUGUUUUCCUAAAAUCCAAGUAGGGGAAAAUGGGCAGGUGCUUGUGCCAUUUUCAAAGCUGUGACAGCUCAGCAGGAUUUUAAGGUGGACUCUGAAGAGAAGUUGCAUUUGUGAUAAUACAAACAUCAUGUGGAAAGGACUAGACACUCAUUCUCUAUAAAUAUGUAUAUAUUUUACUCUAUAUGUGAUAUAUUUAUUUGUUAACAUGUAACUAUUUAUGUACCUAUAUUUAUAAUAGUGUUGCUAUUUUUAUAGACAUUUAUUUUGAUGUGGAUAUCACUACAUUAGUGUUGAUGUGCAAUACACUGCAAAUUAAUCAGCCUACAUUGGGUUAGAUACGUGACUCUAUAGCUCCAUUUUCAUUUUAUAAAUGGCUGGGGAGAUUAAGUUGAGGCUUAAAAAAAAUGUGUGAUUAUAAUUCUGCUCUGAAACCCCAAACAAGCUCCUUAGGGACCUCAUUCAGAACUAAUCUCUUCUGGCAAAUGAUGUGUAACACUCUGCACUUAACAUAACUUUUACAGAAACAAGGUCCCAUAAAAGUGAUCCUUCUGUAAUCAAAAGAUGACCAGAAUUACUAAAAUAUCUUGUGGA